CAUCUUUGGAAAAUUGAUCGUAAAAACAAAAUUAAAUACACAAAAGGUAAAUGCAAAAUGCCAGAUACAAAAGUGGUGGGAAAUGAUCGAGAUCGAAGGAAGAAUAAUAGUCAUGCUAGUUUGCUGUUGACCACUUCAUCCACUCAUGUUCAGCAUGUGGAAAGUCGCACUAGUUUGCAUCAAAGUGGAACCACUAGCAGGGAUCUAAAUACUUCUAGAAACAAAGAGGAGAAUGACCAGAAUAGCUCCUUGCUUUCCAAUGAUUUUGUACUCAUGCUGGAUUGUUCACCCAGCCCCGAGGAGGUUUUCUGCGAAGGAUCGUCGGAAUUCAGGAUAUCAUGGUUGUGGCUAAAUAAACUGACCACCAUGCAUUGCAAUACCAUUUAUGAUCUGCGCAUGCGCAACGCUUACAUGAGUCAUUUUAUCGUUUGCUUGAACCAAAGGCGUUUGACAGGAAUUUUCGAAGAGCCACCGCCGGAGGUUUUAAUUUGGGUAAACUUUUCUGAGAAUCAAGUGGCUCAACAAUCGGUGAACCUCUCCCUUUUGACUACGGCCACCCUAAUGCAACGUUCCUGUGAUUUAACCCAAUCCUCUCAAGCUCCACCGGUUUCCACUUCCUCAUGUGGUUGUAGUGGUCAGCGGACCUCCGAGUACUGGGACUCCUACUCGAAUAGUCGUCGUACUUCGGGAGGAACCACCGAAUCCCCAACCAAAUCACCAGUGUGUAAGAAACGACAACUCCUUCGUUCCAUUCCCACAACCAGCGAUGAGGAAAUGCACCAGAUAUUCCUAAACCAUAAGGCUAAUUUCAGCUUAAAUCACUCCUCCACUUGUGCUCAAGUAUACAAAAGUCGCUCACUAUCUUCACCAGCCAGAUUUUUACCCAGAAAGAAAAUACCCAAUGCCUUUCGGAAUUCAGAUAAUCGAAAGUCACCUGAAGAUGCCCGACAACGUAUGAUCAAGCUGAUGGAAUUGAUCAGAAAAGAACUGCGUGGCGAACCGGAUUUGGAUAAUAAGGAUAUGUUGGAGGCGGAACUUAAGAGAUAUCAGGAGUUUUUCGAGCAGCACAUGCAUGAUAACUCCGAUUUCGAGUUACAUAUGAAUGGAAGUUCCAAUUCGGAGCGGGUUCAUCUACUUCUCAAUAUGCAAACAGAUCUUAUAAGGAUGUUGAAAGAAGAUGUGGCUUGA